AUAAAAUUGAGGGCAGUUAAGGCAACUUAACUUUACCCAGUUACCCUGGGACAGUGGGACGUUUGCACACGUUUGGCACCUACUAAUCUUACUUCAAUUCUCACCACCGCUAAAAAAACAUCCGUCAAUCUUCGGCCCAAUUCGUAAAAACCAAACCCUAAUUCAGCCUUUCUCUUGCCAUCUGAUUCUCUGCAAAACAUCUUUCCUCUCGAUUGAAGGCACAGAAAUCAAAUUCCCCAGUGGCGAUGAUAAUCAAGAAUUGAAUUGCACCAUUUUCCUUCGGAAAAAACCGACCUUUUUUUUUGCUCAAGUGGGUUUGCUAGGGACUCACUUGUUCUGACAGACAUUGUGUAAGAGACCAUGGGAAGUGCUUUUAAUCCACACAUUCUGAUUGAGAAGCUGUCGAAGCUCAACAGCUCACAGCAAAGUAUAGAGACUCUAUCACACUGGUGCAUUUUUCACAUGAACAAAGCAAAACAAGUCGUGGAAACUUGGGACAGACAGUUUCAUUGUGCUCCUCGUGAGCAGAGGUUGGCUUUUCUGUACCUUGCAAAUGACAUUAUACAGAAUAGCAGGCGCAAGGGUGCUGAGUUUGUUGCUGAAUUCUGGAAGGUUCUUCCGAAUUCCCUUCACGACAUGAUUGAAAAUGGAGAUGAGUUUGGAAAAAAUGCUGCCUUGCGCUUGAUCAAUAUCUGGGAGGAGAGGAAGGUAUUUGGCUCUAGAGGUCAAAUUCUCAAGGACGAGUUUGUGAAAAGGCAAUUAGACAACAAUAAUAGAAAUUUGAAACAUUCUGCAUCCAAACCGCAUUCACCUGUUGCUCCUGAUCACCUUUGCAAACAGUCAUCACCUGGUGGGACUGAGCUGGACAAGCUAGUAUCUGGCUAUCAAGCUAUCUAUAGAAGCCAAUUUGAUGAGGAAGCCAUUUUCAACAAAUGCAGAAAUGCUGUCAGCUACAUUGAAAAAGUGAGUAAAGACAUCGAAGGUGAAUACGGGUUAGGCCAUGUCGACAGUAAUGAGCUGAAGGGGCAGAAUGAGAUAUUGAGGGACUGCGUUCAGCAGCUAGCUAUAGUUGAAUCUUCCAGAGCAAACCUUGUAUCUCUCUUGAGGAAAGCUCUCCAGGACCAGGUGUAUAAACUGGAACAAGUCAGGGAACAAGUUCAGGCAGCCCAAACACGAUCUGAAGAAGCAGACACUAUAUACAGGCAGCUGGUGGGUAGCAGCAACAACAGCGCAGCACCACAACAAGACGACACAAUCCCUCCGCCAGGACCCACGGAGCAAUCAUCCUCCGCUGCGCCGUACACUCCGAAUUCCCCUUUCCCCGCAAAUCCCAACGACCCCAAAUCAGCAGCCGCCGCCGUAGCCGCCAAGCUGGCGGCCUCCACUUCCUCUGCCCAAAUGCUCUCUUUCGUCCUCUCAUCUCUCGCCUCCGAGGGCGUUAUCGGCAAUACUAAUAAUACUAACAACAACAACAAUAAUAAUAAUAAUAAUAAUAAUAAUAAUAAUAAUUUGAUGACCAAAGACCAUUUGGGUGAAUAUCAGUCUGAAAAACGAGCUAGGCUGGGAGACGAGCACCACUUGUACAUCCCACAGCACUCGAUGGCGUCUGACGAGGCAAAACCUCCACCACCGUCAUCUCCGCCACCCGUGCAGCCUUUGCCGCCACCCGUGCAGCCAUAUCCUGUGCCACAGUACAUGCAAACGGCAAUGCCGGUAGCUUAUCAGGUGCCGAUGGUGGUGCAGCCGGGUUAUGCUCCUCCGGUUGGAUCUGUAUUUUCUCCGGCGGGGGCGACAAAUUCUUACCAGACUUACCCGCCGCCGGAAAGUGGCUUCUACAGCCAGCCACCGAUGGCUCCGAUGAGCCGUCAGUAG